AUGGCGGCAGGUAACAGACCUACUGGGCAGAAUCGCAGAAGGAAGAUGGAGCACCGGCUUCGUGAGGCGGAAAAGAAGCAAAAUGCAGAAAUGAUCGCGCUUUACCAAGAAGCUCUCAAGCAGAGAGAUGAGCAGUUGGAAUCUCUGAGUGCCGAUCAGUUACAGAAGAUGGAUAUCGAUGACGAAGAUGAUCAGAAAGAGGAAGAUGGUGAUGACAAGAAGGAGGCAGAGAAGGAAGCAGAGAAGAGUGAGGCAGAGAAGAAGGAGGCAGAGAAGGAGGCAGAGAAGAAGGCCAAGAAGACGUCGAGGAAAGCCAGAAAGUCGCCAUCUCCGAACAUCAUGCCAUCCAUCGAGAGGGAUGAGAGCGAUGGCAGCGAAGCUGGCAUAUAUUCCAAUGAGAAGCACGGCAGAGCAUUAUUCUCUUUUCCAGGAACCAUGGCUAUGAGAGAUAUCGAAACUGUUGGGUGGCUUGGUGCCGCGAUGGAGGCUGAGGAUAGAUACAUCGAGGAUAAGACCGGUGUUCGCCCUGCCAAGACGCGAGAAGUCGCUUGGCACAAGCCGACCGUCGCCAUCUCGAUCAACCCCCGCAACAAAGUCCCCCGAGGCCACGCAGCCAAAGAAUACAAGAUUCUCAAAUUCUUAGAAGCCGAGGGCUACAAGAUCCUCUAG